AUGGGCACGCAGGAUGAUGCGCCCUCGGUUCUGUCCAGCGACGACGUCGUGGAGCUGACCCGCUUCGCCCGGGAGAAGACCAACAUCGACAUCCAGAUCGAGCUCAUCGAGCGUCAGCCCCGCAUUGAGGUUUUCGAAGGUCUGCGCGACUACUGUCCGGACGAUGGCGUCCUCUCCGCAGCAGAGGCCUCGCUCCGGGAGCGGGAAAGUCACAUCGACCGGAUGAUUGGCGAACGGGAUCACAUGGCGGCGGAGGUCGAGCGCUUCAAUGUGAGCGACAUGAAUCGCCUGCGCAAGGUCGCAAAAGCGUCUUCUCAGGGUCACAUGUCUGCCAGGGAUACCGACCUGAUUGAGAUCACGCUCGAUACGAUUUACUCGCUCGACAAGCUGCAGAAGCUGCUCGCCACGCGGAAGGCCUCCCUGGACCUCGCGAGGCAGCGGCUGGCAUGGGAGAGGCGGCUGUGCGAAUGCUGGACCGAGCUCGAUCUGAUCGCCCGCGAGGUUGAGGCAUUCGUGCAGCACAAGGCACGCUGGUCGCCCGCCGAGUACUCCCGAAGAGCCCAAGCCUCCGCGUCCUCGAACGCCAGCGAAGAGGCCGCCCAAGUCUCCGCACCGGGCCACUCGGCAGAGCACGGCCGGCUCGCGUCCCUCGCCUCCUGGCAGCUGACUGGAGAGGCACUCGAGCUCGAAGCGGCGAGGGCCAACCUGAGGAUCGCGACCUUGGCUCAAGAAGCGGUGCCGCAGGCCGGCUCGCUCCUUGACGCAAUCAUCGACCAGUGCCAGGUCCCCGAAAAGUUCAUCGACGAGCAAGAAAAGCUCGAAGAGGCGCUUCCGGAUCUCGUUGCACGCGGCAGUUUUGCCGCUGAGCUCACCGCUCAGUGGGAACGGGCAGAUGUCAUCUACCGCCGCUUCAAGGCGCUGAGGCGUCAGGCGCGAGACAUCGACGGGGGCGUCGUCGAGCGCCUCGGCGAAAUCCCCUCGCCGUCCGCUCUGGAAUCGCUGCGUAGGUCGAUGGGCGAGGUGCUCGACGCGCUGGAUGGCGUGCUGGUCUACGAUCGAAGCAACAUCAACGCGUCGAUGGUGCCGCCCGGAGGCGCAUGCGUUUUUCCGCCGCAGGUCGCACCCCCUAGCCCCACGCAUCCGGCGUUUCCCGACCAGCAGCACCUGAACGCCGAGAUACAAGGCGUGCUGCAGAAGGACGCUCGGUCGACUCUUAAGAAGGUGUGGCUGGCCAACGCUGCGGUAACGAGGUACGGCAACUGCCUUGCGCUCUUCGACGAAGCGAGGCUCAGCGUGAUCAACCUCGUGCAGCCUGUCGACGCACUCCGUCACGCUGCGAACGACGCCGAGCAGCGAUGUCGAUCGGCCAUCGGAGCGCUCAACGCCCCACAAGCACCCAUGUCCCCUGAGAUGACCCUGAUGCGACAAUGCCAGGAAGGGCUCGACAGUGCGAUGGCGAGCGCUUCAAAGCGGCGCAGCGACGCUCUCUUUAACGUCAAGCGUUGCGAGGCAGCCGGCAUGCCCGACGCUCGAACGUGGCUUGCUGCGGACGCCGCGCUUGAUGCCCUCGCCGGAGACCUAGACGCGGCCGCUGCGGCUCGCCGCCGUCUCGCCGCCCUGGCCGAUAUCCUAUCUGAUUCGGAUGGACUUCGGACCGCCAUCUCUGAGGAAGAGGAACGGCUGGAUCACUUGGCACGCACGCUCUAUGCACUCGCGGCGGGCACCAAAGACGUUCUGUCUUUCGCACAGGGGCCGGCGAUCGAACAGCGCCGCGUCGCGGACCAACUCGAGGCUGCAUCAUCGGCCUUGGCCGCUUCCAACGUCAACAUUGUCAAGCUUUGCGAGGACGACGAUGCGCUGGCGAGGCGCUGCAAGGUCGCAGAAGCGACGAUCGACGCUGUCGGAGGCGCGCCUUGGCGUCUGCACGAAAAGAUCACCCAGCUGAAAGCACUUCUAGAAGAGAUUCGACAGUCUGUCGCGCAGGUCGAAGCCCUGCAGCGCGCGUAUGCCCAUCGCGACCGCCUCGAAGCUCGUAUCAGCGAGGUACGGCGCCUCAUUGACCGACAAAAGGCGAGUCUGCUGGAGGACUGGACGGACCAGCUCGGGGUCGCAUGUCAGGCCGCCUCCAACGCCGUCGCUACUUUACAGUCCGUUCGGACUGAUCUCGAGGAGUUCGAUCGGACCUGCGUCGACAGCGCGCGGCCGUCUGUAUCAUCGUCAAUGGUCGCCGGCACCUUUGGCAGCAGCGGAUCUUCCAUCAACGAUCACCUCAACAGCAUCUGGAUGCAGCUCAAGGCCGAUAUGGAGGGCGAGGCAGCGCGAGCCAGCGAACUGUCUCGCUUUGUCGACGCGCUGGACCAGCACAAAAAUCUGCAUGCGGCCUUCGACGGCUGCAGAGACGCCUUGGUCGCUUGCAUAGGCGGGGACUCGGACUCAACACACGAUGUGCGGCCCAGACCGGCGGACAUCGAGGCAGCCAAGGAAGCCUUCGACAGUCUCUGCGCAGUCGGCGAUCAGCUGCGGGAUGCCGCGGCUUUGGGUGCGAUCCAGAACGCAGAGGCGAUCCACGCUCGACUUGCGUCACAGACUCGGCUUUCCGAGCUCGACCGCCUCCGGCUGCGCUUCGAUGAGUUCGUGUCACGCAAAGAUCGACUUGCAUCGUCUCAGAGAGAACCGCCACCGGUUCCCCCGAGGCGGGCGCAAGCCACCCAGCGAGCGCUUGGCCUCGGCUUCGGACCUAAGCAUCACGGUCCGGCGCCGCAUAAAGACCUACGCACCAAUCAAGCCGGCGGCACCUCGAGCGCGGACACGACGUGUCUUGCCGCGCUCUUGCUCAGGUCGCGCGAGGGCCCGAUAGCCCUGCAGACGAUCGACGAUCAAGGCCGCCUUCAGAUGCGUCAGCUUCUUGAUCUGCCCCGGGAGGAAGACUUUGAGGCCGGCAAACACUUCUGGGCUCAGCUCUGCGCCGAGGCGGAUGAGCUCAAGCUGAGGACAUCGGGCUCGUCCGAUCACAGGAUGGAGAGCAAGGCGCGCCACCUUGCCCGCGACGUGGCCAACAAGGCGCAGCGGUUCGGUGACCUCUGCGCAUUUGCGUCGGCCGCUGCCGCGAUCGACAGGCAGCAGAGUCAUCUUAUACAGAUGGCGGACUCGUUGUCCGGCUUCGCAGUCUACGAUCCCACUGCGCACGACCACGACAGCAGCAUCGAGUCACGGCCUGACACCCCGCGGAGCGCAUCUUCGAGCGGGAAGACUCUAUGCUUGGAGGAUCGCCUCGAGGACGGGAUCGCCGAGCUCGGCCGGCUCCUUGAGCGUGCCAAGGCGGACAGCGUCCGUGUCCGCAGCGAUGUACGGGUCCGACGUCGACUGGCCAAGCUCGUGCGGUCGAAUGUCGAGGUGACCCACACGGCUCGCGCUGCACUGAACCCGGAUGACAGCCUGGGUCCGGAUCCGUCCGACGACGACGACGGCCUGUCCACGUGCACCUUUUCCUCGUUCGACCGGCUCGACACCCUUGGCUGGGAGACGGCUUCCCUGGGUGGCUUCUCACGCGCGAGGAGCGCCAGCAUCGAAGGUCCCUUGUCACGUCAAGGUUCGCCGUAUGCGUCGAGCGUGAUGCUGCGUGGCGGCUCCAGCUCGCGUGCAUCUGUACGAUCACCGCUUGGCGCUCAUGUCGUCUACGCCGCGGCAAAUUCGAUGGACCGGCCCAUGCCACAGACGCCUUCCCGCAUCCCUCGGACGCCAGGCAAGACACGGCAACCUUCGCAGCCCGUGCAGCCGCGCGAGGGCGCCGUCACGCCCGCCUCGCAACCGAACCGAUACCGCGCCAAUCCCAAAAAUCGCCUCGAUGUCGCCGUCGGCCGCAUCGUCAAUCGUCUUCCAAUGAAGGUCAAGGUGUCGCCGGUCUCGGCGCCGGGCCCGCGAGCCGAACGGCCAGGGUUCAAGGACGAGAGCGGGCAAUACUGGGUGGGCGAUCCAGAGCCCAAGCUCUGCUUCUGCCGCAUCCUCCGCUCCAAGACGGUCAUGGUGCGCGUCGGCGGCGGUUGGCAGGAGCUGUCGCAAUUCAUACUGCAGCACUAUGCCCACCUCGCCGGCCUGACAAUCACGCCGACAAGCUCGCCUAUCGCCGCGCGCACGACACCCGCCGCCUCGCCUUGGCUGCGUUCGGCCUCGACAUCGACCCCGAGCUGCACUCGCUCGCUGGUUCUGCGCCAACAGCAGCAGCAGCAGCAGCAGCGCACAGGCCGACUCGCAACGCCCUCGUACAGCGGCAGCCCACUCACCUACUCUCGCCAGCGAGUCGAGUCGAUGCCCGUCGACGGAUCAGGAUCGCCGUACCAUGCGGCUCGGAUCCCUUCGCUGGUCAGCAUCGGUGGCGGCGACGAACGUACGCCUUCCAAGACCAGCUACAACCGACGCUACGCCUCGUCAUCGAUCGCCACGCCGUCCUCGGUCUCGUCUGCUGCCACGCCUCGCGACGACCAUGGCGCCAUCGAGGGCGUCAUUGACGCCAAGCUCUCUCUGUAUUGA